UAGCAGAAGUAGCAACAUUCUGCAGCCAUGCGUGUCACCCACCUACCGAGUGGAGCACAGUCCUGAAGGAAAGCAGGCAUUCUGGGAAAGAUGCGGGAACGGCGGAGACCUGAUUCCUCGGCAGCCUGAAACCCUGAAUACGAUGGCAGUUAACCUGAGUAAGAACGGCUCAGCUAUGAUGGCUGCCUAUAAGCAAGUGGUGGAUGCCAAGUCGGCCACAGACUGGGCUCUGUUUACCUAUGAGGGGAACAGCAAUGACCUUCGACUGGCAGAGACAGGAGAUGGGGGGCUGGAGGAGUUGGUGGAGGAACUGAACAGUGGGAAGGUCAUGUAUGCCUUCUGUCGAGUCUCAGACCCUAAUUCUGGCCUGCCUAAAUAUGUCCUCAUAAACUGGACUGGUGAAGGUGUGAAGGACUUUCGUAAAGGAAUGUAUGCCAACCAUCUGACCUCCAUAGCAAAUUUUUUGAAGGGAGCCCAUGUGACGAUAAAUGCCCGUACGGAGGAGGAUGUGGAGCCAGAAACCAUCUUAGCCAAAGUGUCCAAAGCAUCUGGAGCCAACUUUAAUUUCAAACAGACGCAAAGUUAUAUAGAAGCACCCAGAGGACCAGUG